CGCGUAGUGAGCCUAGGUAGGUUCCCGUUGCAAGAGCAUUCUAAUCACAUCCUUUGCGUGCAACACUCCUAUAGGCAUAGGGAUAGGGAUGGUAUCGAACCCAACACCAGUUGUGUAUUGGUAGCGCUUGCCACAUCGCCGCACUAGCGAUUGCCUCACAAGCUGCGGCAAAGCGAGGCGCGACUUUCGAAAGCGACGCUCCAGCAUGCGCCAACACUCAGUCGACUUGCCUCAUCAUGUCGAAUAAUAACAAACUCGAUGAUUUUCCCGAUGUCGAGGCGAAACUCCAAAAGCCUUCCAAACAGUCUGCUUUCGAGAAGCAAAAGGCCGAGGCCGAGGCGAAGCGCAAAAGGGAGGCUGCCGAGACAGCCGCCGUUUACGAAAGCUUUGUCAAGAGUUUUGACAAUGACUACGACGAGGAUGACGAUAAUAGUGCUUUCGACCGCAGGAGGAAUCAGAAUAAUGCAUCAAUUGGUCGACCCGGUGUGAACCCACCGCAGUUUGGCACUGGGGGUGGGCUUGGGAGAAGGCAUUUCGGUGUAACAAGUUUGAAGAGCGGGCCCGGAUCUCUUGGUCCCGCGCCCACCGCUUUUGGCAAGAAAAGAUAUGACACCUUUCAGCAAGGCUCCGGCAGGAAAGGACAAGACGAAGGAAGGGGUAGACUCGGAUUCUACGAGGAUAGCAGUGACAACGGGCCUCCGUCAAGGCCAAAGGGCGUAUCACGAGCAUUCGAUACAAGCGACGAUGAGACUGAUGCACGUUCUAGAGACCUGGCGGAAGUGAAGGCUGUGGCAAGACCAACUCUACGGCUUUCGAAUUUACCGCCUGUGACAUCGCCGGCCGUUGUAAAGGCACUAAUUCCUUCAAAUCUGGUGGUGGAAAAUGUUAAAAUCUUGACUUCAACGAACGCUGGAGGGGGAGAGAGAAAGUCUAUAGCUGCCAUCGUAACCCUAUCUACGGAAACACCGGCCGCUGACAUUGAUACUGCUGUCAGUGCAUUGCAAAACAGGUAUCUUGGUUACGGCUUCUAUCUCUCAUUGCAUAGGCAUUUAUCCUCUGCUGUCUCAUCAACAGUGGCUUCGACUCUUACAUCUACAUCAACGUCACAUGCCUUUGGGGCCAAGCCUGUCCCAGAAGCUAAUAACAACGAUUCCCAUCAACCUGGUGGCUUCCAACGAGGGUUUGCUCCUCCACCUUCAUAUAGCAUUGGCGCCGGCCCGAUCUCUAGAACGAUUCUCCACGUUCUGGUGCGAGCCCCUGGUGACAUCAAACAGAUUCAGUUGAUUCAUAAGGUGGUUGAAUCGGUUCUUGAACAUGGCCCAGAGUUCGAAGCUUUACUUAUGUCACGACUGGACGUGCAGAAAGAGGAAAGAUGGGCAUGGAUUUGGGACGCGAGAAGUGAAGGCGGUGUAUGGUAUCGCUGGCGACUGUGGGAGGUUGUCACUGGUGGCCCUGAAAACGGGGUACGACAAGGAAAGUAUCUCCCGCUCUUUGAAGGUAGUAACGCCUGGAAAAUGCCAGAGAAGCCGCUGGCUUACGAGUAUGCUACUACUGUGGAUGAAUUUGUAUCAGACCCCGAAUACAACUCGUCCGACGACGAAGAAUUUGAAGAUGAAGGGCACAAACAAGCUGAACAUGGAGACAAUGGGAAGGUGUAUCUCAACCCGAUCGGAAAAGCAAAACUCACACACCUGUUAGCACGACUUCCUACAACCCUGACAAAAAUACGAAAAGGUGAUAUUGCCCGCCUGACGUCUUUUGCAAUCACACAUUCAAGCCGAGGCGCAGACGAGAUUGUUGAAACAAUCGUUGCCAACAUUAUAAAGCCAUUUGCUUUAACAUCUGCGAACCCAGAUUACAGCAAAACUGCCGAUGGAGAUGAGGCCGGUCACGGAUCCUUAAACUCUACACCUUUACCAGAGGAUGCUGCUAGGAAGAACACCGAGUCACAGGAUACGAGUGCUUCUAGCCUGAUUGGUCUAUAUGUAGUAAGCGAUAUACUCUCGUCUUCGGCCACUAGUGGCGUUCGACAUGCCUGGCGAUACCGGCAGCUUUUUGAGACUGCACUUAAAGAGGCCAAAGUUUUUGAAAACCUUGGUCUUCUUUCUGAACGCCUGCACUGGGGCCGUCUUCGCGCUGAGAAAUGGAAGCGCAGUGUAGGCCUCGUGCUCAGUCUUUGGGAAGGCUGGUGUGCCUUCCCAAACGAUGCUCACCAAUUCUUCACCGAGACGUUUGAGAAUCCACCAAGUGCUAAGAAGGAAGAACUAUCUGAGGGGCCAAAGAAAGGUGGGAGAUGGAAGACCGUCGAGGCGGGAUCGAUCUUGAAUGACAGCAAAGGCUUUCUUCCUGUGUCAGAGGACAUGGUGGUUGAAACCCAAGAUGGAGAGGCUGGAGGUGUUGAGGACCUAGAUGGUGAAGUCAUGGAAGAAGGCAUGGAUAUAGAUGUGGAGCUCGAUAGUGACAUAGAUGGAGUACCCAUGGACGCAGAUGAUGAUGACAACGACAGCGCGGCGAAUAUCGAACAGGGACUGGACGCCUCCUCUGUUGAUAAACCGGACCCCAAAAGAGAUGCUAUUGCGCCAGUCAACGAAGAGACGCCAUCAUCCGCUCGGCCACGCCAACCAGGGAGGCGCAUGAGAGCCGUGGAUAUGUUUGCUGACUCUGAUGAAUCCGACGAAAGCAAGUGAAAAAUACUACACUGGAUCUUUCGCUGCCGGUUCAUUCAGUUUGGCUGGUGAAUGUGAGACGCAGUAAAACUGUGUCACCUCCAGAAGCAAUCGUCUACAGCAGGUCGAACUACAGGAUGGUGUUAACAUGGCUGUGACAUUAAACCUGCUAUACACGAUACACCAUGUCACUCAGCACGACCUGGCCCAUCUGAAGCCAUUUGUUAGGGUGUUCCAAUCCAAGACAGUUCUAUCACUUGUGCUACUAGGCCCUGUCGCAGCACCGAACUUCUGUGUACCGGUGCGCAUAGUCGUACCGAUAUGGUGUCCAGUUUCAGACCUUUCCCGAUAAGAGAAGUCUCCGUAUAGAGUCAGACUGGUGAUUUACCUCUGAGCACUAUUUGCGGUCCAGUCAACAGACUUGCUAGUGCCUU